AUGUCUAAGAGAAAUGCCUUAAGAGGAACUAAUUUUGAUGUUCCACUUGGACAAUUCCUGCUUGAUAAUUUACUUACUCAGAGAACUCAGUGCAAUGUUUGUGGUGAACUGCCUCAAGCUCACAUAUACUACUAUGCACAUCAUAAGAAGCAGUUGACCAUAAAGGUCCUCCAGCUUCGUUCUGAAAAGAGUUUAAGUGGUGAAACUGAAAGAAAAUUUUGGCUGUGGAGUCAAUGUGGCAAGUGCAAACAUGGAGAUGGAGUAAAAAAUUCUACGAAAAGAGUUUUGAUCUCUACUGCUGCUAGUAAAUUGUCACUUGGAAAGUUUUUGGAGCUUGGUUUCUCACAUCACUCCUCAUCCCAUAAAUUAUCUAGCUGUGGCCAUUCAUUGCAUAGGGACUUCCUCUACUUCUUUGGGUUAGGUCCCAUGGUUGCACUGUUAAGGUAUUCCCUAGUUGCCACUUAUACUGUGGCUAUGCCACCUCAAAAGUUGCAGCUCAGCCAUUCACUUAAGCAUGAUGUUCUUAGGGAUGAAAUCGAGAAUGUGUAUACAAAAUGGAUACUACUGUUUACAGAGGUUUCAAACUUAUUAAAGGAAGUUAAAUCCCAAUUUGAAGGCUUGUCUUUGGAUCUUCAAGGUUCUAUAAAAGAAUUUUUGGAUAUUGAGGAUAUGUUAAAGCAGGAAAGAUCAGAAUUUGAGGUCAGCACUUAG